GAUAACUCGAGUUUAGAUAAAGUAUAGGUACAAGUAGUUUGAAAAUAUUCUCUUAAAAUUUUAAAGGAUAUUCUGUUAUCGUUUAAAACAUUUGGAACAAUGUUUGUUUUUAGCUUUCUAGCAUUUAGUAAUUAAAAAUACGGGAUAACACAUAGGGGUUAUAUUCGGCUCUACGGCUGAAAAUUGUAUAUCAUCAAUAGUUUUGUUUUCGUGCAGGGGGCUCUUUUUAAAUAUGGCGGCUGUGAGAAAUAUGAGGCGUAGUGAAAAACACAAAAAUUAUGUAUGUGCUCUUGUAGCAGUGAACAAAACUGGAGAAGCUUUAGGAAGUGUUACCGAACAGGGACUUCAAACUGUUCAUAAUCAAAUCCAACACAAUUUAAGAUAUCUAAAUCUACCUCAAUGCGUUCAACAGUGCAGUGUCAACAUUCAUGAUCGAAACAGAUGGUGUCCAACAUGUAGUAGCUGGCGCCAAGAACUAGAACAAUACAUCGUACAAGUUCGACGGCGGAAUAGAGUACGUUGGUCAGCAAUGAAAUCGUGGACAUGGCCGAUAGAUAGCCUAAAUAUAGCCGAAAUAUUCUCACCUGACUACAAUGCAAACAACUUGAAAGACAUCUCGACAAUACUCAACAUUUGGGAAAGGUGUUCAAUCUUUCAAAGGCAGGUCCAAGUUGCUGAUCCUCUGAGACAAUCUCGAAAUGAGCUAAUACACCAGUACAACGCAAAAAUGAAAAUUACAAAUGCGAAGAAAAUUGAAAUAUUUCAGAACAUAAGUAAUGUUAUCACACAUCCAGAUAUUCAACCUCUAAUACCAAACCACAAUGAUUUAGUACAAACUAUCGGUCACCUUGAACAAGGUGAUCUAUUUCGGUAUGAAACCGAUAUCAUGGAUGCUUUAAGGGAUAUUGGAAUGCAAAAUGCAGACAUUUAUGCUAGACUUGACAGAAAUGCUCUAGGGCUCCAUGAAACACAUACAAAACUUGAAAAGAAUGCUCUAAUAAUACAAAAAUUAACAAAGCAUGUCUUUUGGGUAAUUGUUAUUUCGAUUAUGAUUAUGUUUAAUCUUUGUGUCUUAUCCUUAUGUGGGUUUGUCUGGUAUCUAAAUACUCCAGCAUGUGUACCUCUGAAGGACAUUGGGAUUAAAAGAGACACACAUACCAGCGAGUUACCUAAAGCUCCCUAUACGUUAGAGUCAACAGAAGGCUGCCUUCCAGAGAACUUGUCUUAUGUCAACUCCGGGAGAGUGUUUCUAUUUGAAUAUAUUUCACACCACAAGAAUUUUACAGGAAGAAAUUGGUUGUUUAAGAUAAUUGAAGAAGAGCUGCUAAAGAUGACAGACGAAAAUCAUGGACUAUUAUUACAAGCCGACAUGGGCUACGGGAAGUCUGCGCUGAUUAAGCAAAUAAUAUGUUCUUCGAAAAACAACCCAGCAAGCAGAAUAAGAAGACGUCUCGUGGCUUAUCACAUUUGUAGAUUUGAUGUUUUAACAUCUAAACAAGCAUAUAUAUUCAUUUUUCGUUUAAUUUCAAUGUUUUUAUCUCAGAUACCAGCUAUUGGCGAGAGUAUGAGGGCUUGUCUGGAAGUUUUUGACAGAACUUUGUGUGAAAGAGAUCCGAAUGGAUGCUUAGAUCAGUGUAUUUUCUGA